AUGUAUGAGUUUAUUGCUGUUUGGUCUACAACCAUUGUCAUCAAAAUCGAGAAAGAUGACUAUGUGGAUGGUGACAGCCAAUGUCCAAUGCUACAAAGUGGACAAGAAGGAAGCCUUCUGAUCGACAAAGAAGAGAAGGUGGUGUUCCAGAGAAGUGAUGGAUUCAAGAUUUACUUCAUCAAACAAGAACCCAAGGAAGAGGUUUGCCAUCAACAGACUGGUCCCUGUUCCAGAGGAGACAUGGCCUUGGAACAAAGUAGUUUACAACAAUGGACUUUGGAAGCUCAACCAAGGGAGGAGACUGAGGUUGUAGAUCCCAAACAAGAUUCUGUCAAAGAAGCAGAGGGAGUACAGGCUGCAUCUCAAGUUUCUUCUGGGGGUUGUAUAAAUGUCGUCAAGGAAUCGAGGCAAAGGAACUCAGAACACGGUAGAAGUAAGCAUGCUAAGCUGCCCAGUAAUGUUGGGAUGGGAAAGAUCAAGGCAGAGGAAAUAACUGAGAGUGAAGAAGGCAGUGAAGCAAACGUGGCUCCAUCUUCAAAAUCUGACGUAGCUAUAGCUCAGGUUGAAGUCCCCGUUCCUAGGACAUACGCAUGUCCGAUGUGCAGUCAAAGGUUUUCUAAGCGAUAUCACCUGAAAGAACACAAGUAUAGGAUACAUUCAGGAGAGAGACCUUACGAAUGCCCUCAAUGUCAGGAAGGUUUCGUAAGACUGAGGGAUCUGGAGUACCACUUCAAAAUACGCCACAGGAGCAUUUACAAAACGACCUGUGAAUGCGGGGAUAUAUUAACCGAUAAGCAACUCGACGGCCAUAGGAGAACAUGCAGGGGAAAGAAGUUGAAUCAGUGUGCUCAAUGUGAGAACCAAAUUCCUGGAGGGAUGGAUCUGACCCAACUCAAGACGGUACACGAUGCAGAAAGGCCGUAUUGUUCUGGAUAUGUGAAGAUUUUACCUCUAAAUGCUGCUCUAUCAAUUAGAUGUGAGACAAAACAACCCAAUGUUAACCCACAUGAUUGUUUGAAUAGCACAAGGCAGGGACUCAGCAAUUCAGAAAAUGGCAUAAAGAAUAGCCUUGAACAAGGGUUGUCUUUGAGUGUUCCCGUAGGAGGAAUUGAUAGAGAAGAACUGAAUGAAAAUCGACAGAAGAGUGUACCGGUAAAUGACAAAAGACUUAGCAAAUCUGAGAAUGGUGCAAGUUGUACAGAAAAUGCAAAGUUGAUCAAUGAUGUACCCGAGUCAAACCUCACUGCAAGAGAAUGUGAGGCAGAAGAGGGCAAAGAAUCAAGUAUUAUUCUACCUUCAGGGUCUAACACCAUUAGACUUGGGAAAGGAGUUUUUAAACCGUUUGCAUGUUCUGAAUGUAACCAAGGCUUUUAUCAUCAAAGUUGGCUUGUUGAUCAUUUAAGGAGGCAUCAUGCUGGUAUUUACAAUAGGCUGGGUUUGUGAAUGUGGAGAGGGAUUUCGUUCAGAGGAAGCAUUCACCAUCCAUUAGACAUACCUGCCAACCCUCCCGAAAAAUCCAGAUUUCAUUUAUUUAUUUUUUAUCUUUUCAUUAUUUUUUUUGUUGCCAAAUUAGGCUUGUUUUAUCAUUUGCCGCGGUUUGGGAGUUCACGUAUUGAGUGCCUUGAAUAGCUGCAUGAUUGAGCAGCGAAUUUGUAUUCGCUUUUUGGUACAGAUUUACCGCGUAUUGCAAGUUACACUGCC